AGAUGCAAAAUCCAUUUGAAUGUCCAUCAUGUAAAGCUUCCCAGCAUAGCUGCCAUAUUGAUGGAAACUUUAAAUUAUAUCGAUUCAAAUCCUCAGGAAGACGAAAGCGGCCAACGUAUUACAAGGGAACAUUUUUCAAGACAAAUAGUGAAGUUGAUGAAUAUUUCCAACAAGUAUAUGGUUCUGAAAGAUGUAUGAAAAAGGUCGAAGUGGAUAAUAGGUGUGGUGGAAUAUGGUCUGCAGCAAGCAACUCAAAACGAAAGUCGAACUCUGUAGAAGAAACUGGAAUUGUUCUCAGUACAUGUCGACACAGGAUUGGGCAAAAAGUUUUAAAUAUGUUUCAAGGAGAGCUCUUUGGCUAUUCAAUGUACUUAAUAAAGAAUUACAAAUCAUUGCAGUAUUGUUUCACUGAUGUCAUGUGCAAAUUUUGGAAGUUUGUUACAUCUCAUGAACAUGCUAUUGCUUUAACAGUGACUCCAGCGUUAUCUGUCAUGCACGUUAAAGGGCAUGCAUUGGACUGUCAGGUUCAAACAACUUUUUAAAUUUUGUAAGGGGAAUAUGGUGAAAAUUACCUUAUACAGACUAAUAGUCUAAGUCGUGAGAUUCUCUCAGUUGUAAUAAUAAAUAUAAAUAGACUUUAAUAUUAAAUGUUGUAAGUUAGUUUGGAAUGUCAGAUUAUUUAUUUAUUUAUUUAUUUUUAGUUGCUUGUUAUAUUUUUUUUCUUUAUUUAUUUUUCGAUAGGCAUGUUUUUAUCAGUACUCUUUUUAAUAAACUAU